AUGAUUGCUGAGAAGGCUAAAGGACAGACAUCCAUCAGUGAUGAAGAAUUAUUCAAGUUUUUGGAUCUUGAAUAUGAUUAUUACGUAAAACUCGGAUGCGGUGAAUUUGUUGCAUUACCAGGAGUCAAAAAGACACUCGAAACAUUGAAUAGCAUGCCAAAUGUUACUGUUUCAUUAUCUACUGGAAAUUACGACAAAAUUGCAUGGAAGAAGAUCGAACAUGCAGGAGUUCUCCCAUUAUUUAAAGAGCGCAUCGGCGGCUUUGGCGAUAUUGAAGAAAGAUCAAACAUCUUAAAAUUUGCAAGAAAACAAGCUGAAGAAUUAAGAGGUUACAAGUUCGAUCGUCAUGUCCAUAUUGGUGACGCUAUCCAAGAUGUUAGAGCUGCUCAAGAUGCAAAUGCAGUUCCAGUUGCAGUUGAAACCGGAUCUAAGAGGAAACCAGACUUCCCACAACCAUGCUUCGUCAUUCCAAACCUUGAAAAAGGAUUCGACGAGUUUAUCAACAUUGUCAAGACUGGAAAACCUAAUUAA